UGUCUGAACGAAUAUGAAAUGAAAAUAAAAGUUAUAAUUUUCAUUUAAUAGAAUUAGGAUAAAAUUGAUGAAAUUCGACAUACAUACUCAGAUUGAUACAGUUUUUUAUGCUAGUGGUCUUAGUUUUAAAAUCCGUUCCUUACAAUGUUUCGCACAGCGUUACGGUUGACACCAUCUUUUACAAUUCCUUUAUUUGGUAAAAUGACCGGCCAAUAUGACAAAGAUUUACUAAGCAACCCAGAACAUCCUACAGUACCACAAACUGGUUGGGACAGAGUCAAAUUAAUGUAUACUGGGGGUGAACAUGAGGAAAUAUCUGCAGAGUUGAACACAGUACUGCAGUCAUCACUAUGUGGGGCCUUUAUUGGAGCUUGUCUCGGUGGAUUUUCAACAUCGAGGGUAGCUUAUUUGAACUUCAUAGAAAACAAUCAAGCAACAAUAUUUAAAUCAACUGCUGAAGCUAAGAAAAGACUGCAAGAUUAUGUGACAGUGGCCUUUGCAAGGGGAGCAGUCCGAUGGGGCUGGAGAUUAUGUUUUUUCACAGGAUCAUUCAGUUUAAUAGCAACAACAAUCUCAGUUUACCGAGGCAACACGUCUUUAAUUGAAUAUGUGUCAGCAGGUGCCCUCACCGGUGCACUAUAUAAGAUUGAUAUGGGACUUCCAGCUAUUGCAGUCGGUGCUGGCUUAGGAGCAGCAUUGAGUAUGAUUGGAGGUAUUAUUAUCAUAGGAAUACUGAAAGUGGCUGGUGUCUCUAUGGAAGAUAUCAGACAAGCUUUAUAUAAGCUGAAAGAAGCAAGAGAGGAUCAAUUAAACCAAGCAUUGGAAAAAUCGGCAAAAAUUAAAAACGAUAAACUCGCAGAACACCACAAAAUGCUAAUUGCUGAAGAAGGAGAACAGAAAAUAGAGGACAUUGAAUAAUACAAUAUAUAUUUAUAACGAUAAUAGAGCCUCGUAGAUAUCAAUCACUUGGUAUCACUAGAAAAAUCUAGAAAAGAUUCGGAUCCACAUUUUUUUUCACUACCAAAUGCAAAAAUAAAAUGAUAGCCUGGCUUCAAAACCGCAGAAUCUAUUUUAAAAAAUAAGUUACUGUUAUUUAACAUUAUUAUUUAUCCACGAUUACAGAGGCUUCAUUUCACCUGGGUAUGGAAUUAAUUUCCAGGACACAAAAGUAUCUUGAAUUGACACUGGAACGCUAAGUUGAUAUCUUAUAUUGUUAUGAACAAUAUUGUAUGUAUAGUUAGCAAAAUUAUUAAAUAUUUAUCUGAGUCUCUAUUAACUAAGUUAAGACCGAGUCAAAGGUGAAAGAUUGUAAUAAUGUACAUAAAGUAGGAAUAGAAAAUAAAUAUUGUUAUAAGA